AUGAAAUCAAAGAAUAAAAUGAUGGUGCUAUCGAAAUCAAAUAUCGUUAAAUCAAUUAGCAAAAAAGCGCAAAAACGCAACCAUUCUGAAAUUGGUGAUCUAACCGGCCGUCGUUCAAUCUUUCAGAUUCGCAAUGCUUUAUAUCCACCGAAGAAAAGAGCAAAAAAGUUGCUCCCCGGGGCAAAAUCCUUAUUGCCACAUCAAGACUGCAAUUGUCAUUCAGUUUUCGAUGAUGAAGAAACCAUCAAAAUUCUUGAAUCACAAGUUAAUAAGAUUGAAGAAUCUCUUUCUAUUUUAAACACCAACGAACUCUUAAAUUUAACAGAAAAUUUAAGCGAUAAUAGUACGUCAAUACGAUUCGUUAACGAGCAAGCGAUUCAAAGUUGGCCGACG